UGCUCCCCAUCAACCAAUCAGAGCGCGGCAUGAGUUUAUAUAUGGGACAGCCGCAUCUCACCUGCUCAGAGAGAAGAAGAAGUUAGUUAAAGAAGUUGUAGAAGCUUCAUGUCCGGUGGAUUUCCUCUCACUAACCGGAUGGAGGCGGACAGCGGAGGAGCCUGACCUCCCUCCGGUGCCGGCCCCCCCCCGGUCCCCCCCCCGGGGCCUCGUCAUGUCUCUGUCCGGCUCCGGGAGCCUCAUCUCCCGCAGGAACAUCAAGCUGGACUCGUUCCUGCAGCGGAGCAUGGAGCGCGCCGUGCACGAGCGGGUGCGCGCCUCCGAGCCGUGCGUGGUGGUGUCGGACGCCUUCAACAAGGUGUACAUGCACGCGGUGCUCAGCGACGAGCGCGUGUACCUCACCGAGCACGCGCCGCGCACGCUCACCGUGGCCGUCAGCUUCAGGCGCGUGCGCGGCAUCGAAAUGGUCAACGACCUCCCAGAAUUCCUCAGUGGGCGGGACCGGGAUCACUGCCAGCACAUUCGAAUCCUGUACGUCACCGACGAGCCUGCUACCAGGGCAUUUGAUUGGUUGAGGAGAGACAAGGGGGCGGGACUUCCUCUUGUAGCCCCCCCAUCUCGUAGAUCCAGUCACUGCCCGACGAUAACACACAACUUAGAAGGAGGAUAUCCUGCAGAGAGGAACCACAGUGACCGGAGGACAGAGGAGGUCCGCAUGUUGAAGCCCAGCCGCUCUGCUUCCUGUCCGAACCCCGACACUCUGGGGCUCCUCAGGGUCCCGCACCCCCCCACCCAGCCCCCUCUCCACCCCCCCACCACCUCCUCGUCGCCCUCAGAGCGAAGCCUGAAGACCCUCCAGAGCCGUCAGGUUCCGAGGAGGAUGGGCUCGGUUCUGUCUCGCCUGCUGAGAAGAGGCUGCGUGGGGGGCGGAGAGCAGAGGGAGGCGGAGCUGCAUCUUUACGCCGUCUCUCAGACGUCCCGACUUCACCUGCAUCUGCAGAGCGCGUGGAGCAGUUUCAUCAUCAGGUCGACUCUGUUGUUGGACCCGCUCUACAGAAGAAAGUGCAGCUCGUCAUCUGACUCGACUCCUGGAAAACGACCUCCUGUCAUCAGCUGGGAGCGGACGGCUCACCUGUUUGCUCAGCUGACGUCUGAGCUGCUGCAGGACGGGAUCGAUGAGGAGAGUUUGUAUCUGCUGCUGCAGGAGCUGAACGUCGCCGCUCAGCGCAACGUGGCUCUGCGCCGACUCUUCUGGAGGUCCAGUGAGUUGUGUGUUUUCCUGGUUCAGACUCUGGAGGAGUCUCUUCACGGCCGUCAGAGCCUCAGUGGAGUCUACACAGCAGAUCAGCUCCUGCUGAGCACCGUGGUCGUGGAGACGCUCGCCGUCAUGUUCAGGGAGACGCAGGCAGAAGCAGCCAGACUGAACCUGCUCUCUGCCAGAAAAGGCGCCCUGACCUCCAGGAUCCUGCUCGCCCUGAUCUGUGAUCCACUGACGCAGGGCAGAGCGUUCCUGAUGGACUCUGAGAUUCAGGUCUUACUGUCAGAGUACCUGGACGCCGCCUGCUCGCUGCUCUUUGAGCUGCUGCUGCUCGGCCACGAGGCGACUUCUGCUCCUGUUUACACCAAGUGUCUCCGGAGCAGCGGGUGUUUCUCUGCAGACGCCCUCCUCUCUGUUGAUUGGCUCCUGCGAGUCGUGCAGCCUCAUCCUCACCUGCUCUGCUUCAUCACCCACCAGGCCCAGCAGGUGGUGCUGGUUCUGUCCGACCUGCAGGAGUCGGCCCUCGGUCCUGUCCAGGCCGUGCUGUUGUUCCAGCGCUGUCGCCUCCUGCUGGCCUGUCUGCAGCACAGCAGCCUGCUGGCUCAGCACCUUCGCUCUCACAUGAGAGAAGAGUUCAGGUACUUGGUGAAGACGCCGUGUGCUGCGGAGAAGCUGCCGCCUCGUUAUCCAAUCAGCGGACAGACGGCCCGAGAGGUGGAGCUCCUGCUGACGCUGCUCAGAUGAUUUUCACACAGAGAGAAGACGGACUUUCACAGUUUGUGCCUUUGAUUAUACAAAAGAUGAAUCAUCAGAUUUAGAAAGUCACUGUGGUCAAUCACGACCUGGUCGUCUUUCCCAGAAGUCUUUGCUCACAGCUUGGCUCUGGGACUGGCGUCGCCGUAGAGAUGCAGCUGCAGAAAAGCCAACAUCCUCCUCCAGGAGUCUUCCUGAGCGUCGGAGUGGGGUUUGGUUUUCCCCCCCCACAACAAGAUCACUGCAACACAGCAGAUUGUUCCACCACAUGAAAUGAUUCCCUCACACAGUGAAGCUACUGAAGAUCAUCUGUAGGACUUUACCAGAUGUUUAAAGCCGAAGUAUUUCACAUCAAAGAUGUUGAUGAAAACUAAUGAGACAAAAAAGAGUGAAAAGCUAAUUCCCACAAUAUCUAUAAUAGAUGAUAUUUAGUUUCCAUCUUUAAAUCGUUGCUGAACUCACCUUUUUCUCUCUUGCUGUGCAAUAUAAAGUUGGUGGCUCUGAAGUGGGGGGAGAACGGCGGCUCGAUCAGGUGACCGGCGUCGGGGUAGUCCAGUCUGGUCAGCAGGUGCUCGUUACCGGCCGCACGCAUCAGCUGCGAGAUCUGAGGAUCACAACGUGAAGUCAAGAGGACGAAAAACCGUCCAGUGAGGUUCUGUGUGUGUGUUUCAUGAACUCACGUCCUCAGCCACCUCCGGCGCCGGUACGUUCUGAUCAUCGGCUCCACUGACCAGCAUCACCGGACACUGGAUUUUACCCAUCUAGCACAGAACAGAUGUGUAAAUACAAUACAAUAAAAUAUAAAUAAUGAAAUUA